UUUAAAUUGUCUUAAAAUGAGUGAAAAUGAUAGAGAAACAAUUGAAAAUUUUGAUUUCACCACGAUCAAAUUAGAAAGAGGACACACACCCAAUGAUAUCAAAGAUAAAUGUUUCGGUUUAUGCAGAGAUUAUUUGGCAGAUAUUUGGCUUAAUGUGACCAUCGAUGACGUGGAAGUCAAAAGAUUGAGCGGUGGACUCACUAAUCAAUUAUAUUAUUGUGCGAUCAAAAGGGAUAAUAAUAAUAAUAAUAAUAAUGAGGAGAAUAUUAAUGAUAUUAAUAGUAAAACCAAUGUACCGAUUGAAGUGGCCAUACGUUUGUAUGAUUCAAAACAUUUUAAUAAUCACAACAAUAAUGGUUAUGAAAGAUUGACAGAUACAGUGGUUGCACUAAUUGUAUCACAAAAUAAAUUGGGACCAAAACUGUAUGGAAUAUUUGAACAGGGACAAAUACAAAAAUAUUAUAAGCACCGACAGUUUCGAGAACCUGAACAAAAUGAUCCAAAUCUGGUUUGCGAUUUGGCCACCAAAUUGGCACAAAUACACGCAAUGGAUGUACCAAUAAAAAAGUCAGGCAAUUGGGUAUUUGAAACGUUUGAUAAUAGCUAUGAUGAGGCAAACAGAUUGUUUGAUUUGAAGUCAUUAUAUGAUGAAUGCAAUUGUCAGACAUUUAAAGCACACGAUUUGAAUGAUGAGAUCCAAUGGAUAAAAGACAAGAUCACAGAACUGGACUCUCCGAUAGUCUUCACUCACGUAGACUUUCGCGGCUCAAACAUUAUGGUCACCGAUGAAAACGAUUUAAUAUUAUGUGAUUUUGAGUACUCCUGCUAUGGUUAUCGGGGCUAUGAUUUUGGGACCCUAUUUGCCGAAUGGGGUAAAAACUUUUUUGACUUUUUAAAGGCUCAAAACUUUCCCAACGAUAACACUAUUAAGCCAUUCAUUGAUGUCUAUAUUGAAGAGAUGAUUCGUCUUAAGGGAAAAACAUUUACUGAUGACAAACGUAAUACCUUUGAACACAUCCUAAAAGAGAUUAAAUUGUUUACAUUAGCCGCCAAUAUGUUUGUCAUUACUUUGAGUAUUAAAUCAAAUGAAUCUGUAUUUGUUGACCGGCCUUUUGAUAAAAAACUACAAUUGACUGGUACUGAAAUUAUCUACAAAAAUUAUCAUCAGCUCAAAAAUCAAUUUAUUGAAAGCAAUGCAUUCUAAAAACAACCUAGUUAUUAAAUCUAUUUUUUAAA